CCGCUUCCCCUGAGCGAACCUUUAGAACUCUGAGACAGACAAUAUUCUGUUACAUUGUAGCAAAAUGGCGACUGUCAUUCACAACCCCCUGAAAGCGCUCGGGGACCAGUUCUACAAGGAAGCCAUCGAGCACUGCCGGAGCUACAACUCGCGGCUGUGCGCCGAGCGCAGCGUGCGCCUCCCCUUCCUGGACUCGCAGACCGGGGUGGCCCAGAACAACUGCUACAUCUGGAUGGAGAAGCGGCACCGAGGGCCAGGCCUCGCCCCAGGCCAGCUGUACACAUACCCUGCCCGCUGCUGGCGCAAGAAGAGACGAUUGCACCCACCUGAAGACCCAAAGCUUCGGCUGCUAGAAAUAAAACCUGAAGUGGAGCUGCCUCUGAAGAAGGAUGGGUUCACCUCGGAGAGCACCACGCUGGAAGCCCUGCUCCGGGGGGAGGGGGUGGAGAAGAAGGUGGAUGCCCGAGAGGAGGAGAGCAUCCAGGAAAUCCAGAGGGUUUUGGAAAAUGAUGAGAAUGUAGAAGAAGGGAACGAAGAAGAGGAUUUAGAAGAGGACAUUCCCAAGCGGAAGAACCGGACCCGAGGCCGGGCUCGUGGCUCCGCGGGUGGCAGGAGGAGGCACGAUGUCACCUCUCAGGAAGACCAUGACAAACCUUACGUCUGCGACAUCUGUGGCAAGCGCUACAAGAACCGGCCGGGACUCAGCUACCACUACGCUCACACUCACCUGGCCAGCGAGGAGGGGGACGAAGCCCAGGACCAGGAGACCCGGUCCCCUCCCAACCACAGAAACGAGAACCACAGACGGACAGGAAGAAUAUCUCCUAAACAAGAACAUCUUUCUCAAGAGCAAGCCCAGAAGGGACCGGAUGGGACAGUCAUUCCCAAUAACUACUGUGACUUCUGCUUGGGAGGCUCUAACAUGAACAAGAAGAGCGGGCGGCCAGAAGAGCUGGUGUCCUGUGCCGACUGUGGACGCUCUGCUCAUUUGGGAGGAGAAGGCAGGAAGGAGAAGGAGGCAGCGGCCGCAGCACGCACCACGGAGGACUUAUUCGGUUCCACGUCAGAAAGUGACACGUCAACUUUCCACGGCUUUGAUGAGGACGAUUUGGAAGAGCCUCGCUCCUGUCGAGGACGGCGCAGUGGCCGGGGCUCGCCCACAGCAGAUAAAAAGGGCAGUUGCUGAAGCCGUGGAACGGACUGUCGGGCGAUCAGCCGCCCCCCUCUGACUAUGGCCCUUGUCCCGGUUCUGAUACCUAUAUUUUUUAAUGAAAGACAACCUAGGUUUUCCCUUUCUCUUUGCUUUUUCUGCUCAGAUUUCCACGUGUCCCUUCCUCCCCGCCAUCCCUCUCUGAGUACGUACAACAGAAGCACAAACUACUGAAACAAAACAGGACAAAACAGGGAAGGAGCAGGGCGGGGCUCCUCCGAGAGAGGGCGUCGUGAUGUGCUGUUUGUCUCCCAUAGAGAUAGAGCCUUAG